AUGAGGGUGGUGUCGUCCGCGAACUUGAUCAGCUUCACGGAGUCGUGGCUGGAGGGGCGCGGCGAACCGGCGGACUGUCGGCGGGAAGGAGGAAAGGGCAAAAACACCGGAGAGAGCACCGGCGUCCUCCACCACCAGCGCGGGCGAGGGAAGACUCGGCGCGCAAACUGUCCUGUCCUGCAGCACGGAUCGGACCGCAGAGGAGUGGACCGCGGAGGAGCUCGGCACCGCGUUUGGAGAAGGCUACGCGUGCAAAGAUGGAGGAGCAGAAAAACGAGAUGGAAGAAGAGGAUUUUUUUUGACUGCGAGGAAACUUUGGAAGUUUUACAGAGACUGAAACUGAGCACAAAAGAGGAGAGGAGGGAGGAGGAGGAGCUGAGUGAGCAGGAGAGGAAGGAGCCCCAAACACUGAUCAGUCACAGACUCAAACCCAGCCUGCAAGAAGAAGGAAAUGACUUGAGUCCCACUGGAGGAGACGAGGGAAGGACACCGGAACAUACAGAGGGGGCAAGGCCUUUCAAUAAUUUGGAGGAGGGGGAGGGGCCAGUGAAGGAGGAGGCGGAGUUUCCCUCAGAGCCUGUACAGAUCGAUGAAGAACAUCUGCUGGAGCUCGAGAAAGAGCUGAGUAAUGAGGAGCGAGAGAGCCGUCGACAGUUGAGUCUCAGCCUUAAAGACAAAGGAAACCAGCUGUUCAAGAACCAGGACUGGGCGAGUGCAGAGUGUGUUUACUCCGAUGUUCUGUCUGCUUGUCCUCUGAGCUUCAGCGCCGACAGAGCAGUUCUAUUUUCCAACAGAGCGGCUGCCAGAGUGCACCUGGACAAAAAAGACAUGGCCAUUGCUGACUGCUCCAAAGCCGUGGAGCUCAAGCCAGACUACCUGAAGGCUCUUCUGUGUCGCGCUGAACUCUACGAACAAACAGACAAACUGGACGAAGCUCUAGAGGACUACAAGAACAUCCUGGAGAGAGACCCAGGGAACGGAGCAGCCAGAGGGGCCGCCGUGAGACUUCUGCCUCUGAUCCACGAGAGAAAUGAGAAACUCAAAGAGGAAAUGAUGAAGACCUGUCCUCAGAGACCUGUCCUCAGAGACCUGUCCUCAGAGACCUGUCAGGGACCUGUCCUCAGAGACCUGUCCUCAGAGACCUGUCCUCAGAGACCUGUCCUCAGAGACCUGUCAGGGACCUGUCCUCAGAGACCUGUCCUCAGAGACCUGUCCUCAGGGACCUGUCCUCAGAGACCUGUCCUCAGAGACCUGUCCUCAGAGACCUGUCCUCAGAGACCUGUCCUCAGAGACCUGUCAGGGACCUGUCCUCAGAGACCUGUCCUCAGAGACCUGGCCUCAGAGACCUGUCCUCAGAGACCUGUCCUCAGAGACCUGUCCUCAGAGACCUGUCCUCAGAGACCUGUCCUCAGAGACUUGGCCUCAGAGACCUGUCCUCAGAGACCUGUCCUCAGAGACCUGUCCUCAGAGACCUGGCCUCAGAGACCUGGCCUCAGAGACCUGGCCUCAGAGACCUGUCCUCAGAGACCUGGCCUCAGAGACCUGUCCUUAGAGACCUGGCCUCAGAGACUUGGCCUCAGAGACCUGUCCUCAGAGACCUGUCCUCAGAGACCUGUCCUCAGAGACCUGUCCUCAGAGACCUGGCCUCAAAGACCUGGCUCAGAGACCUGUCCUCAGAGACCUGUCCUCAGAGACCUGGCCUCAGAGACCUGUCCUCAGAGACCUGGCCUCAGAGACCUGUCCUCAGAGACCUGUCCUCAGAGACCUGUCCUCAAAGACCUGGCCUCAGAGACCUGUCCUCAGAGACCUGGCCUCAGAGACCUGAGGUCCAGGAUGCUGUCUCUUGUUCUCCUUGGAGGAAGUGCGGUGGGGAAGAGCUCGGUGGGGAACACAAUCUUAAGACGGAGAGUGUUUGCGUCUCGCCCGUCUCUGAGACCUGUGACGACCCGCAUCGAAGAGAACACCGAGGAGGUGUGUGGACGACAGGUCUCUGUGGUGGACACGCCUGGGAUCCUGAACCCCGGGGCCCUAGAUCUGAUCCAGCCUCUGUGCGCCCAGCAUCUCCGCCAGCCAGACUCUGUGGUGUUCCUGGUGGUGCUGAAGGUGGGCCAGAUGUCCCCUGAGCAGAGCCAGGCCCUGGAGAGGACCAUGGAGCUGUUGGGGAACGGGGCCAUGGAGCGCAGUCUGCUGCUCUUCACCUACGGAGCCUACUUACAGGGGGAGAGUUUGAAGGACUUCAUCUUGGAGGAUGAUGUGAGCCCUCUCCCUGACAUCUUCAUUUGGCUUGAAAAGAGACACCAUGUGUUCGACAACGAGGCCUGGGGCCCCGAGCAAGUCCGGGGUCUGCUGCAGACAAUCUACACAGAGUUUUUCCCAGGUCUUGGACCAGCAGUCCUUGAUCUUGGACCAGCAGACCAUGAUCUUGGACCAGCAGUCCAUGAUCUUGGACCAGCAGACCAUGAUCUUGCAGAGUUACGGCUGGUGCUGAUUGGUCUGCCUGGAAAAGGAAAGAGCUCUUCUGGAAACACCAUCCUGGGGCAGAACCUGUUCAAAGCCAGUUGUGGGUUUGAUUCCGUGAGCACAGAGGCAGAGUGUAAGACUGGUACAGUGCUCGGGCGGAAGGUCACAGUGGUGGACACUCCUGGCUUCAGUGAUGAAGGCAUUAGUCCAGAGAAACUGUUCAAACGCAUCAUGAAGUCCGUCCUGGAGCUGACUAAAGGACCUCAUGCCUUCAUCAUCGUGGUGCGACUCGGGCGGGUUCACUGCAGAGACACCAAACUGCUGAGGCUCAUCCCCAAACUGUUUGACGAAGCAGCGUCCAAGUUCACCAUGGUGCUGUUCACUCACGGAGACGACCUGGGAACAGAGAACGGCGAUGACCUCAUCGACCGCAACACCACCAUGAGUACGCUGGUGCAGAUGUGUCAGCGCCGAUACUGCGUCUUCUACAACAAGAGCAGCAACCGGCACCAAGUCCACGAUCUGUUUCAGCAAAUCAGCAUCAUGGUAGAGGCCAGCGGACACCCACAGUGCGACUCGCAAAUAUUCAAACUGACGACAGCUGCAGAGAUAAAGCAGUUCUUCGAGACUCUGUGGGAAAGAUGGGGGGCCAUGUUUACAAGCUUUAUUCGACCAAAAGAGGACGACGAGGACGAGGACGAGGACGAGGAGAUGGUGCCGCUAACAAUGCCUUAA